CGGAAAGUGUUCUGUGUUGAUAGCUUUUCCAUUAUCAGAUUUUCAUUCCUAACCCUAUUAUCAGAUUCAGAUUGUUGGCCAACUUAAACUGUUGGUUAUAUGUGCAAGUUUAGAAUUUUGAGGAAUUAACUAUGAAUAUGUUGCGAACAGUAUUUCUGAACAGCAUUCCGAGACAAGUAAGAUUUAUGUCUCAACUUGGGGAUCUUGGAAGUGGCGCAGGCAAAGGCGGUGGUGGCGGUGGAAGUAUUAGAGAAGCUGGAGGUUCGUUUGGGAAAAAUGAAGCUGCCAGAGAGGAAGAAUACUUCUACAAAAAGCAAAGAGAACAACUGAAGAGUUUGCAAGCGAAUUUGCAGGAUGAAAUAAGCUUUCACGAAGAACAAAUAAAAAGACAUCAAGAAGCUAUUGCUCGCCAUAAGAAGAAAAUGGAUGAAGUACAAUCUUAAGUGCUACGAUUUAUCUAACUACUUAAUUAGUGUAUCUGUUCUAUAUUGAAUGCUACUCUAUGUAGCAUUUUCGAAUUGAUUAUCUUGUUUUCCUUUCUGCUUAUUAAAGUUUCAUCUUAA